AUGACCACAGAGGGCGAAAGAGUUUUGAAAGAUACUUUUAGCAACUUCGACGCGCUCGUGGGCUAUAACGAGUGGGCAACCGAGACGCUUGAUGUACACAUUGCUACCGACUUUGUGUACGAGACGCAGGACGGCGCGUGCGCUACCGAGCGUGGCGUGUUUAUUGCCGAAGACGUACCGCCGCACACUGAGGUAUUCAGUAUUCCGCUAGACUCAGUUUUUACCGUCAAAAGUCUCCAGAAGAACGCACCAUUCAAGAGCAUUGCAUUCUUCCAGCAAUUUAUGCCCGAGCGUGAGGACGAGCAACUGGCGAUUGCACUGCUUUACGAGAAGUUUGUACGUGGCGACAAAUCUAAGUGGGCCAAGCACAUCGACCUACUACCCACUACUUAUUAUAACGCCCUAUAUUUUGAACCAGAGGUAUUGAAGGCGUUGGAGGGUAGCAACUUGUUCUUCAUUGCAUUGCAUAUCAAGGAGAAAGUGGUAGCUGACUAUACUCGAUUAAGGGAUUCGGUAAUCUUGGAGCUUUUUGACAAAAUUACCGAAAGCGUAAAUGUUGAUUUGGAAGAAAGUUUUUCUCUAAAGAAUUACAAAUGGGCAAUAUCGACGAUAUGGAGUCGCUUUGUUUCAUUACAACUCAACGACACCUGGGGUGAGCAGACCGAAGACAUAAUGAAGAAAGGAAACAUUUCUCGACAAAUAAAACAGUCAUUUAAAGCUAUGGUACCAGUGUUUGACAUGUUGAAUCAUGACCCUGAAGCCGAAAUGUCUCAUUUUGUUGACAAAACCUUAGAGCGAUUCUGUCUUGUGAGUCACCAGCAUUGGGUGGCUGGAUCACAAAUGUUUAUCAACUAUGGUCCGUUGUCGAAUCAUAAGUUGCUGACCUUGUAUGGUUUCGUGAUUAUCGACAACCCGUUUGAUGCUGUAGAGAUGUGGCUGCCUAUGGACGCAGCAUCUACGAGAUACUUUGAAAAAAAACAGCAAUUGCUUUUAUCUAAUGGUCUGGAUCACGCAACGAAUCCGUUUGAACUCGUUGCAGAUGAGGUCAAUGAUUUGCUGCUUAUAGCUGCUCGACUGCAGGAGAUUGACUGCGAGACUCUUGAGCUGUUUGUAGCACUGGCGAAUAAGGCAUUAAAUGGCGAGAUAGUGAGUUUAGAGAAUGAGCAGCAAGUGUUGAUAAGAUUGAUUUGCACUUUAGAGAGCAUGCUAGAGGCUUUUCCGACCUCAAUUGACGAGGAUGACGAAUUGUCAAUGUCGUGGAAUAAUGAUCUUGGCAAUAAGCAAAACAACAGAUUUAACCAUGAGCGAAUGGCUAUUUGUAUUCGUCGAUCGGAAAAAUUCAUUCUUUCUGAGAAUCUAAACAUGUUCAAGUGGAAACUUCUAAACAUGCUACCGAGGUGUCAAUGA